AUGAGCAGGCCAAAUCUCCUGCCAGCUGGUGCGACUCGUCUUCCACCCGGUGCUCGUUGGGUGGCUGCUCGUGGCAGUGGCCAAUACCACUUCCUCAAUGCUGACCAUUUGGUCCAUGACCAGCAGCAUGAGGCAUCUCAACAGGUAAUGUGGAAUCAGCGCCGCGACCUCCAGGAACAAGAUCGUGAAAGAAGUGCGCGACUGCUGGACCAUUUUUCGGAAGACAUGUCGAUGACGACGCAAGAAAAGUUGCUGGCCGUUCGCUCUGCCACAUAUGAUAUCAAUGGCAAGGUAUUUGCCACAGGCAAACAGCCCACGGCUCCACCAAAACAGAGUGGCCGAGGGCAUUGGCUGACGCAGGUGAAUGGUUUAACCAACCGCUACAACAUCAUUAACGGCAUGGCGAUCAACCCAGCCAUUUCGCGCCAUCGCGAUGCAGAGCUUCAAAGGCUUUCCCAAACUUUGUCCGGCCUUCCUGCCGGAAACGUCCAGCCUCUGCGUGAUGUGGCCUGCUAUGAUAUUCCGGGCUUCGUGCCGCUGAGGCAGCGGCAAUUGCCUGGGGGGGUCGAAAGAACAUAUACAUUGAACAGCUGA